AUGGCGCAGCUGCAGCUGCUAAAGCUGGUACUCAUGAUACAGUACUACAUGUACGUCCGAAGACUACAACUCUUCAACAUGACAGCACGGAGCUCAUUCAAACGCGUCUCCAUAGACGAAAAGAAGGCCAGCAGGACCAGAGAUGAAAGAGACAAAUGUGGAUCUGGGAAGCGCCCGCCCAUCGGGACCAAGAAAAGGCCGAUGUCUUGGAGCGUACAGGACGUGGAUUGUUGGUUGAGGGACCUGUUUAGUCGCAAGGUGCUGAAUCGAGAUGAUCUGGACAACUACCUGGUUCAGCGCGAGAUCGACGUCUCCUACGCUCUGGACGGACGGACUUUGUUUGACAUGUCGCUGUCGGACUUUAGCAAGUUCUUUGGUGGCUCCUCUCAGACUGUGUUCGAGACGUUUCUUGUACAGCUUCAGCGAGACAAGGGCUCAGGUGAGUGCGCACUAGUCUGUGCAGCCUUUAAAGUCGACGUAGCGUCAGUCAGCAGUCCGCCGCCGGAUCAUUGCUUUUGGAAGAAACUUGAUGUACUAUAUCAGCAACACGAGUCAGGUUAUUUUGAUUUCGUGACCUACUUCCGACAGCGCCUGAAAGACGAAAAGUCGACUGCAACUCAAGCCGCAUCUCAAGCCUCGUGCAACGCCAGUCCCAAUAUUUUCCCCAGCAGUCUCGCAGCGAGCAUCACCGGAGGUGUACCCAUGAGCUUUUCGGAGACAGCCUGGCGUCAACCACAGGGCUAUGCGCAGGCCAACUCUCAGUUCCUCUAUUCAGCACAGCCACAGCAGCAGGAACAGCAACAUCAGCAGCUGCAGGCUCCCAUACCCAUGCCAGUGCAUGCUCUAGGUUCUCACAGUAACGAAUUCAGCCAGGAUAGCUUGGCUCAUACGUGCACCGGUGUCGCCAUGCUGCCGGAGAUUAGCGGCUCCCUUGGCUGGGCUACACAGACCUCACUGCUACUGCCGCACGACACACAACGCGGACAGUGGACGGCGCCCCAGCACAUUGCUGACGGCACGGCAAUCUCAACGUCCUUGCCUUCUUCAAAUCCACUCCAACGUACCUCUGCUAGCAUGGGAACAUCCUCUUGCACUGUACCAACUUUGGGAAAUCCCCACCACCACGUGACUACGACUGGUAACUCGACACAAGCAGAAGGUAGUCCAGCAUCAGGAGCGGCGCAAUAUCAAGCCUCCCUGACUUCCACCACACUCAACCUGGACCUAAGCAUAUCUCCAGCUACCAGCGUAGGCACAGGUAAAGCGACGCUGUGCCCGCCAGCCAGUCUGCCGCUAUCCAGUCGACCAUCGCAGCAGUCGUUGUUGCUCAACACCACCCACCUUCAAUUCCCCUCCUCACCUUCAUCCAUGGCACAGGUAUCCGAGCUAGGUUCUAUGUGCAAUGAACCGUCACGUGACUGCCAAGAUCUUCUAGCCAUUGAGCCUAUGACCGGCCUCCAGCUUGGUAACAUUUGGCCGUCUGACGUCAUGCCAAACCAUCCAACAGGAGGUAAAGAUUGGGACAUGACGUCAUUCUAUCCAGCAUCGCAGCGGUCAGCAUCACACGCACACUACAGCAGCGUGCAGGCAUCGUUCGCCACCAGUCCGCUGGCCAGUUCCGUAUUCUCAGACAGUAGCGAAGAGCUGGCUUCCACGUGUUUCUCCAUGAUCAGCCCGAACAACAACUCAGUCUUCGACGAGCCCACAAAACUACCGCCACAAGCCUUGGGCAGUCAGGGAGCCAGCAGCUACAGCACUCAGGGUUCAAUAUCGUCAUGCACAGCAGCAGAUAUCGGCGCACGCCAUGACGUCUUGACGGCCACGGAGUUCCAAGGCAGUUUACAAUGUCUUGAUGGGCCCUGUCAAAAUGGGUUAUCGUCUCCCACGCUCCAACAAGCAUCGGUCCAGGAACUCACGACCGCCCAGCUUGCUGACUCCUCAGAGCAGGCGUCGUUCAGCAGCGACAAGAGCAGCACACCGGCGGACUGGGAAGAUGAUCCUGCCGAGGCCAGGCAACCCGGCGAUGCGAUACGGCACUCCGAAGUUCGGCAUCGCAAACGACGCCCACCGCUACCCCCAUCUUUGAAGUUCAACGGAGCCGACAGCCCUGUUCUUUACGAGUUCUUGCUGGAGUUACUCAACCACUCUGCUACUUAUAAGCAUAUCAUCACUUGGAUCAAUAAAUCUCAAGGCUUGUUUCGCUUGAACGACACGGAAAGUGUUGCGGCCCUCUGGGGAAUACAGCGCAACAAGAUGAGUAUGAACUAUGACAAGAUGAGCAGGGCGCUGCGCUACUAUCAUAACGAGAAGACCAACAUGUUCAUUUUGGAAAAGAUCAAGACAGUGCGCCGAGUUUACCGAUUUCUGUCAGAUUCCCACUGGAACACGUACAGCUCGAAGGCUAUUGGCUUCGACUAUACCUACGCCGGCAACACAACACUGAGCAAGAACGGACGCUUAUCGCGUCGUCCAAUUAUUCGCUGAACUCAUUCAUGCAUUGCUCUAUUUGUGUUGGCGCAGAAUACCUUGAAAGACAAUACCGGUAAUGCAUUGGCUGUGGAAUUGCGCUGGAUGUGUUUGCUUACAUGUGUGCUAUGUAGCGAGAACUGAAUAACUACUAGUAGUGUAUUGAAACUCGUUCUGGUGGUUCGGUAUAGUUUUAGUGUUACGCCGUCACCGACGCUCGAGCGCAAAUUAUCAUUAUCUCAAAAUCGUUGGUUCAAUUCAGAUUUGUGCGACAUUUUGUACGGUGAAGAAAUUUUACGUUGAAAUUGAAAUUGGCCCUUAUUCUCACCAGACAUGUACUUCGAAGUAAUUUGUUGCAGUAAGCUAUCGUAACAUAAGUAUCGUGCCGUUCAGUUGAGUGUGUCAUGAAACGCAUCCUAAAAUGUUGUCUUUUAAAACUUGAGCUCCACUUCUAUUGUACCUCAGUACGUGUCUCACUCAGACAACUACAUUCAAGCUGCGUACGUUUUGAGGCUUGCAGCUACAUUUCAG